AUGUCUGAUAAUAGCAAAUUAGCGGCCAACAAUUCCGGGCCCGGGUCUCAGGGACUACAGCGCUCAAUUUCCCCAGCAGCACCGGUUCCUCGACGGCGUCCGAUCCCGCGCAAAGGCCACACCAAGUCGCGGGCUGGAUGCCUCAAAUGCAAGAGCCGCAAGGUCAAAUGCGAUGAAUUGACGCCCAGAUGCGGAUCAUGUCAACGGCUGCGUCUGGUGUGCGAGUUUCCGUCCCCCAACCCCAGUGGAAUCGAGACAACGCCCAACUCCAACGAAGAUGCGGGUGCGUUGGCCCCGACGACCUUAACCAAGGCUCUUGAGACGAAGCCGGGGACUUUUAGCAUGACGGACUUGCGCUUCUUCCAGCACUUUUUGGUUUCUGCACAUCCUCCAUUCCCGAUAGGGGGACGGUUGGUGUGGCUAGGCGUCUCUCAAAUGACCCAUGAGUUUGACUUCCUGGCACACUCAAUAUUAGGACUUGGCGCAUCCCAUCUCAGCAUGUUCUCACCAACUAGCUACACCCAAGAAGCACUCCGGCAUCGCAUCAUUGCCAUCAAGUCCCUCAACGAGUUUCUCUCUCGUGGAGAUCGAUCUCUCGUCGAAGUAGAGGCGGCCUUUGCUGCAACACUUACACUAAGCUAUCAGGCUGCCCACAUGCCUGAUGGCCUGUACGAGUUUCUCACAAUUACACGCGGAUGCUUUCUCGUUGGCGAGCUCUUUGGGUCUGGAUUCCUGUCGUGUGCAUUCAGAUCUUUCGAGCGUGAGACCUACGUCGACAAAGUGAUGGAACUGUUUGCGCAGAGACCACAUUACUUCCUGGCUUCGGACUUGGCGGUCGGGUUCUGCGACAGUCUAGAAAAGCUCGGCAGAGUGUGUCGAAGCGUGGCCGAGGUUGAAUAUUUGGCAUUGAUGCGCAAAAUAGCGUCUUCUGUGGUCACUGACAUGGCGGAGAGCUAUCGGCAGUACACAUUUCUCUAUGAGAAUCUUGCCCGUCUCUCGUCGCCCGAGUACGCCUCGUUUAUUGAUGCCAACAACCACGUCUCGCGUUUGGUUAUCAUGCACAUGCUCGUCUUGGACUACAUCAUGUCCAGCCGAAUUGAGGAUGGUGACUGUCACCACCACUCAGGUUUGGGGGAGACUCGGGAGUAUUACAACUCGCGUAGUCUUAUGAUUUGCGUCUGGGUUGUUGACAUUGAGGGGACAUUGCCCGUGGAACUUGGUGACUAUGGUGCUUGGCCGGUGAAUUUUGUACGAAAUCUCAUGAGAAGACGGGACAUGGAUCAGGGCUUUUGGAAGCGGUUGCUAGGGGAAGCACGGGGGAUGGACAGGCUGCUGUCCGAAGAGCAAAUGACGGUAUAA